AUGAUCAACCCCCGUUUCCUGCCUUCGUCUGCGCUCCUGCGCACGGCUGCCCAGGCUACGCGCCCUGCUAUGCAGGGUCGCCCUGUCGCUGCCCGUGCUUUCACCCUUUGGACCAAGCCCAACUCCGAGGUCAAGCGCUGGGUUCCCCCGCCUCGCAAGCCUGUUAGCGAGGACGAGAUGCCGAUCAACCCCGGCCCUCCCCCGCCUACCUCCAAAAUCGGUGUGAACGCUGUUCUCAACCGCAACCCCGAGACAUUGGACCGUCACACCACCUCGAUUUUCUCCGAGUUCUCGCUCGAGGGCAAGACUGCUGUGGUUACCGGUGGUAACCGUGGUCUCGGUCUCGAGAUGGCCCUUGCCUACGUUGAGGCUGGUGCCCACGUCUACGUUAUCGAUCUUCCCGAUGAGCCUUGCAACGACUUCAUUCAAGUGGCGGAGCACUGCAAGUUGAUGGACCGCCAGAUUGAGUACAUCUCGGCGGACGUGACCAACCCCGACGAGAUGAACGAGGCCAUGCCUUUCAUUCUCGAGCACUCUGGCACUGGCUCGCUCGACGUGUGUGUGGCCUGCGCUGGUAUCAUGCAGACCUACCCUGCCCUCGACUACCCUAUUGACCAGUUCCGCAAGGUUCUGGAGGUCAACACCACCGGUGUGUUCAUCACUGCCCAGGCCGCCGCCCGUGUGAUGCACGCUCAGCCCGACGUGCACGGCUCGAUCAUCCUCAUCGCCUCGAUGUCGGGUUCGGUUGUGAACCGUGACCAGCAGUGGGUCGCCUACAACACCUCGAAGGCCGCUGUUCUCCAGCUCGGCCGUAACCUCGCCGCCGAGUGGGGCCCUAAGGAUAUCCGUGUCAACACUAUCUCGCCUGGUUACAUUCGCACCAACCUCGUCGCCGACCAGCUCGACACUGACCCUGACAUGCUCCGUCGCUGGAGCGACGCCAACCCCCUGGGCCGUAUUGGUCGUCCCCACGAGCUGCGUGGUGUCUCUGUCUGGCUUGCCAGCGAUGCCUCGUCGUUCUGCAACGGUGCCGACAUCAUUGUCAGCGGUGGUCACACAAUCUGGUAA